AUGGCGAGGGAUUCCACUUGCGAAGCGUCCUGGGAAGAGGCCGCCUUCCGGUGGCAACGGCCACAGCGCCCGGAGGAGCCCGGGGUGAGGGACGUGGCCGUCGACCCCUUCUCGCUCCGGCAGUUCUCCCGCGUCGACAUCGACCGCCCGCUGCCCAUCCCCGCCGUCUCCGUGGACCACCGCCGCCGUGUGUCGCCGGCCCGGUUCCACGGCGCGAGGAGCGUUCCUCCGGCGGACUCCGCGUCGUCGUCUCCGUCCCCGUCCCCGUCCCCACGCGCGUCAAACGCCGGCGAGCUGAAGGCUCCCGCCACGCCGACCUGGUGGGAUGGCGCGCGCCCGAUCGCGCCCUCCGGAGCGCUGCCAAGGAGCAAGCUGUCCGCCGGCGGGGAGACGGAGCUAGCGGACGCCGGGUUCGACGUUCGCGUUCACUUGUCGUCGACGGAGCGGAACAAGGUGAGCGAGCCGCAGCGCUGGGGCAGCGAUGUCCCGCUGAUCGCUGCUGCUGCGGACGCCGAGGAGUACUCCUUCGGCGGCUACCCCGCCAAGGACGGCCGGGGCAAGCACGCGAAGCAGGCCGGCAGAGCGCCGUUCACGUGCUGUAUGUUCGUCCCGGGGCUCACCAGGAGGAUCAAGCCUCCAACGUCCACGGCAACGGCAACGGCAACGGCAACGGCAACGGCAACGGCGGCGGCACGCUCUUCUUCAUCGGGCAAGUUCGGCAGCACCGCCAGCACUGUGCAGCUGCAGCCCAUCAACCCAGUGAUCCCAGGCACGUGCUCGGCUCGACCCAGCACCAUGUCGCUGGCCGUGUCGCUCGAGCGCUUCGACUGCGGCGCCAUGUCGACGUCAUCGUCCCCACGAGGCCUGGGCCUCGACGACGACGACGGCGAGGACCCCUCGGCGUCGUCGUCCUACUUCGACCUGCCGCUGGAGCUGAUCCUGGGCUGCGACGCCGAAGACGAUGCCGACCUGCCGGUGUGCGCCGCGUUCUUGUUCGACAGCGACGGCAUACGGAAGAGCGUGCUCAAGCGGAGGCUGGAAGCUGACGCCGGCUGGGAGCCGCGGCGCCCGUCGUUGGGGAAGGUGUCCAUGGACGCGUCCGUCAGGAUAUCGAACGCUCAUGUUCGGGUCUCCCUGAAGUCUAGGUCACCGUGA